AUGCGAUAUAUCACGAGAAGAAGCAGGAGAAAGCCGCAGCCAGCCCAGAAUUAUGAUAACGGAGACUCUCAGCUGGAUUCUGCAGAGCUGCUCAAGUUCAUUCAGCACAAUGAAACAGCCGUUCAGAUGAACUCUUACGCUGAAGAGGAGAACAACCGCCUGCUCAGGAGCCUUUGUGUGGACGCUCUUGUUGAGCUCUCAGAUGAGAAUGCCGACUGGAAACUGAGCUUUGAUGAGUUCCUCAGCUGCUUGAAACCAGGCUUCAACCCUCCUGAGAAGAAGUGUGCUCUGGAAGAUGAGACCUAUGAAGAUGGUGCCGAGACUCAGGUGGAGUGCAACCGCUGCGUCUGCGCAUGUGGAAACUGGGUCUGCACCGCCAUGACUUGUGAUGAGAAAAGCCCAGUUAUUGACACUAAUGGGGAUCAGGAGAUGACCGAAGAGGAAUGGACUCGCCGUGUGGCUGAACUCAACAAGCAUCAGGAGACGGUGGAGAAGAUGAAGACCAGCACAAAGGAGGUCUAAACCAGGACAGACACGAGGAGGGAGAUGACGUGGACGAAUUCCUCUCUUACUGAUCACAAUCAGGAUUCCUGAGAUUAUGUACUGUUAAUGGAAGAAUCACACCAUUUUCUAUAGAUAGGUUAUUACUUUUAUUGCUAUCCAUACUGCAUCUAUUCUCUGGUUAAUGUGUUUUAUGUUGCGGUUUACUUUUCUAUGUAUUUCAUUAGCUUUUCACCAUUUCGUAUGUUCAUCUGUGUGUCUUCAAGUGCUGUAAAUUGUUUGAUUGUGUCACUCCAAACAGGCCUCAGCACUUUGUUAUGGGGGCCCUUGUUUUAUUCACUAUUGUUUGAUUUGAUGUAUUAUUCUUUAUACCGUUUAUUUGUUUGUCUGUCUACAGUUAUAUGUGGAAAUGUUUUUUUUUUUUUUUGACUGAAACAAUGGCAAUAGAAGAAGAAAAAAAAAGAGGAAAGGAUUCGAGAGUGAUGCUGAGAGAGCAAAACAACACGGGUUCGUCCAUCAGACUGUGACUUUAGAGCUUCAAAACGAGAGAUGUCCUUCAGUCAGAUGGUAGAUACUCAUGCUAAAACAUCUACACGCUAGAAAGAGCUUGAUGGAUAUAAAUGCUUGUCAUGGCCGCUCUCUCUCUUUCACUCUCAUCUUGAAGGCAGUCAUAGUCUUGAGACCUUUCGUAAAGGUGCUAAUGUUAGUAUUCCUCUGUUUGCUGCUUUGCUCUCUUGCUUUAGAUGGUAGAUAAUGCUCGGUAGGACAUGAAAUAAUAGAAGCAGAGACGGCAUGGCUCAGUGGAGAGAGCAGGCAAUACCUUUGAAUUUUAACAUCAUUAUGGGACAACAAACCCACCAUGUUGUUAAUACUUGACAAACAUGCUUUUUCUGCCAUUAGCGACUUCGAUUAGAGUAGAUCACCUCCGUUAGUAGAAAACUGCUGCACAGAUGCAUUGGCUACGCUUGAGCUUGUAUUUAUAUUAGUUGCUAGAGGCAGUUCAUGCUGAAACUCUCACACUGUGCUCAGUCCCAUUCUGAUGCUGGGGUUGAAUUGACAAAAUGAACUAACAAGCCAGAUUUAUAAAAAAAAAUAAAGCAGCUGAGCUCACAAAGAUGGGACUGAGUACAGAUGGAGUGAUCUGAAACCAAAGCCUGAUGUUUAAAUUGUUGUACGAAAACCUCCAGGUAUAUCACUACUCUGGACCCAGCAACUACUUUAUACCUGUUACUUAAAAUAACUGUCAGAAUAGAGUUGCUAUUGCCUCUGUAGUGUAGAUGCAUUCUUACCCACUUAAGAGAAUGUGUGUGUAUGUGUGCGAAAUGCAUUUGUGUGUGUGUGUGU